GUUGAUUGUAUCAUGAAAAUCUGGUCCCGGAAUUCCCCCUCAGCCUCCUCCCCAGACAAAUGAUUUACAAAUUUCCAUCCUUGAUUGAUUCGGGGUUUUCACUCGAUAUCGGAGAUGGCAAAGAGAACGCCACUUGAGAUACAAGUCAUAGGCGACGAUGAUGAAGAAGAAAAUUCAACUGCGGUAAUCCAUUCCACUGUUUCAGCUUCAGGUCGCUUCUGUCCUAAUAAAAGGUCGAGAAGGAGAAUUAACACCGGAAACACCAGGCAACAAGGAAUAUAUAGCAAUCAGUUUUCAUACUGCUUUGAGAUCAUAUGGAAGAGCUUCUCAGAUGAUCGAAGGGAUUCUUUUACAUAUCCGGAUUGCUUAUGGUUUUCAUGGUACAUGGAUGAAUUGUAUAAAGAAAGGGUGUUGGCAUGGAUCGGUCAAAAGCAAAUUUUCUCGAAGAAAUAUGUUUUUGUUCCGAUAGUGCACCGGAGCCAUUGGAAUCUCUUGAUACUUUGCAACUUUGAUGAACCUUUGCAAUCUAAAACUCAAACAACUUGCAUGUUAUUGCUCGAUUCACUGCAAAUGAGUGGCCCGAGGCGUCUCGAACCAAUGAUAAGAAAGUUUGUCCUGGACAUAUUUGAAGCUGAGAAGAGGCCUGUCACGAAAGAGGCGAUAUCGAAGAUUCCGCUAUUGGUACCAAAGAUUAAGGAAGACUGGUUUUCUCCUCAAGACUUGGAUUGCUUCAUCAAGAGAUUUAAAUCCAGCACCUUGUGA